AUGGCGCACGGGUAACCUGAUCGGCUUGGGCAAAUACGAGGCGGGGUGACAGACUAAAGGAAUCUGAAGUGUAGAAUAAUAACAAUGUCUGUUUCCUCUAGUGAAGUGACAGUGGCAAGCGACAUCAAAAAGGAAAAUGUGAAGUACACGGAGCCUCUCGAGAGCUCCACGGGGAAUCUGGAGCACGUCCGACUACUGACUCUGGGCACUCCGGUGGCCGCCGGGAUGCUCGUAAGGCAGCAGCAGCAGCAGAUCUCUCCACCGGAGCGCAAGAUGCACAUCAUGGACUCUUUGUCUAUGGAUAGUUCACCCACAGGCACCUCUUUGGCUUUCUCACCGGAGCAGGUUGCUUGCGUUUGCGAGGCGCUUCAGCAGGGAGGCAACGUGGAUCGGCUCGCCCGGUUUCUGUGGUCUCUGCCGCAGAGUGACUUACUGCGCGGUAACGAGAGUAUCCUCCGGGCUCAGGCGCUUGUAGCUUUCCACCAAGCGCGCUACCAGGAGCUCUACAGUAUCUUGGAGAGCCACAGCUUCAGCCCUUCGUGUCACUCUGCCAUGCAGGACUUAUGGUACAAAGCGCAUUACACAGAGGCGGAGAAGGCCCGCGGAAGACCACUGGGUGCAGUGGAUAAAUAUCGCCUACGACGGAAGUAUCCUCUGCCCCGUACCAUCUGGGAUGGAGAGGAGACGGUGUACUGCUUCAAAGAGCGCUCCAGGAACGCGCUGAAGAACCUCUAUAAGCAGAACCGGUACCCGUCCCCAGCCGAGAAGAGGAAUCUGGCAAAAAUCACUGGACUAUCUCUGACACAGGUCAGCAACUGGUUCAAAAACAGGAGGCAGAGAGACAGAAACCCCUCCGAGGCGCAGUCUAAAAGUGAGUCUGAUGGAAAUCACAGUACAGACGACGAGAGUAGUAAAGGUCAAGAGUCUUUGUCUCCGUGUCCAAUGAUUAACUGUGCAGAUGGCACCAUGGUUAAUGCUGCUGUACCUCUCUGCUCUGGAGAUCUGGAGGCUGGAGUAAUCGUCCAGAAGGUUGGAGACUGCAGGAACUCUGUCUCACCAUCUUCCGUCAUCUUCAAUGGUGCCUCUGUCAACACGCCCGCCACUGUUAUCCACAACGGCGCCCCCUCCUUCCUGUCCUCCACAGGACAUGUCCUCUUCAGUGGCAUGAACUUAGGACUCCAGCCCCUGGCUUGCAGGUCUGUGGUGGAUGUAGAACUGGAUGGUGAAGGACAUGAUAAAGGGGUAGCUGUGUCAUCAAGGGCGACAGACCCUGCAAUGGCAUACCCCUCGUUUUACUGCAGUGUGAAUGGGUCAGAGGUGGAGGUGAAAGCAGUGACAGUGGGGCAUGGUAUGUCAGCCCAGGACCGGGCCGCAUCCAUGAGCUCGGCAUUCAGCACUACCACCUCUAAUGGAUCCCUACAUCUUGAUGGUUACAGCUUGGUGACUGUGCCAGGAACACAUCCUGAUGGCACUGGGACCUCACCGCUUAGCAGUAAGUUGGUACUUCCUCACUUGCAACUCCCAUCGUCUUCUUCCCCCUCAACAAUAACACAAGGUGCUGUAUCAUUGAGUAGUGUCGGUGGCAACAGUAGUUUUACCUCUCUGUGCCACCUCCAAGUGGAAGAGCAGGACAGGCUCCGGCUAACCACUCGGGAGCCUAGCACAGUGCUCUACAGCUUGGGUACAUCUGUCAAGAAGGAACCUCUGGAGAGUGCUGAUGGAUAUCUUUACCACCCUGCACUUCAUCUGGAGCAGGCUGGCCACCUAGGUUACACAGACACCCCUAACCCCACCCACAAAUCCCCCACCUCACUUAACCCUACCAUGACAACGACCCAGCAAGAGUACACCACUCUCACAGUGAGUUCACCCUUAUUCGCCCAAACAGACCUAACUGGUGAGUUCAGAGGUCAUGAUGCCCAGGUGGCCUCGGACCUAAGUGGUGACUUCCUGUGUGCGGUUUCAGAGGUGGGGGAGGUUACGGGCGAGAUGGUGAGAGAAAUGGAGGAAACAGAGGAAAAGCAACUGACUAAACUAAAAACAGUCCAUAUAGAGGAAGAGAUGGCUGACCUUUGAACUUGCUGGAUAAUAUUUUUGACUUUGUUUUUCUCCCCUUUUUCUCCCCAAUUUGGAAUGCCCAAAUCCCAAUGUCCUCUAAGUCCUCGUGAUGGCGUAGUGACUCACCUCAAUCUGGGUGGCAGAGGACGAAUCUCAGUUGCCUCCUCGUCUGAGACUGUCAAUCCACGCAUUUUAUCAAGUGGCUUGUUGAGCGCGUUACCGUGGAGACAUAGCACGUGUGGAGGCUUUACGCUAUUCUCCGCGGCAUCCACACACAACUCACACCCGUCCCACAGAGAGCAAGAACCACAUUAUAGCAACCACUAGGAGGUUACCCCAUGUGACUAUACCCUCCCUAGCAAUCGGGCCAAUUUGGUUGCUUAGGAGACCUGGCUGGAGUCACUCAGCACGCCCUGGAUUCGAACUUGUGACACCAGGGGUGGCAAUCAGUGUUUUUACUCACUGAGCUACCCGGGCCCCAAUAAUAUUGAAUAUUGAGUUGUUGUUGUUUUUUUAGGUUUUGAGCCUCUGAAUGUUUUGUUUUUAUUGUAAGUAUUAAAUUAUUUUUGGUGAAUCUGUCCUCCACUUGGCUUAAUAGUGCACUCCAGUUUGGUUUGGAUAAUUAUGCAAAGUCAAAUUCAUAGAUUUUAAGUGUUUAUUUGUUUUAACUUUUUUCAUUUCUCUCUCUUUCUUUCAGUAGUCAAGUAUAAUACAACAAUAUUUUCCAUAUAUUUUUUCAAUAUCUCCUACUCUCUUUUCACUUUCUUUCAAAUGUGUUUACAACUUUCAAGCUCCAGAUACUAAAUUUAGCAUCAAAGUCAGACAGUCUAUGCCUCUGUGGGGAGUGUGGACGCACGCAUGUGUAUUUUAUGGGAGACACCUGCUAGUUUCUGCCAAGAAUAGUUGAGUUUAGCAGACAGGUGGACGUCUGGUCAUGUGACAUCCAUGUUCUACAGUCCUGCAGGGUCAUCUAGGUCGAACCAUAAAGGUCACCCUCCCCAAUGCCUCAGGCACAGACACGCUUGAUUCCAUGCUGAUUAAAAUACUUAACGAAUCUGUGUUAGUCAUAACAUUGGCUUCAGCUUUAAACUACAUUAAUGAUAUGCAAAUAAUAUGCACAUUAGGAAGCCAUUACUGAUGCUGAUGAUGAACAGUUAUUGGUACAAAUGUUACGGUUUCAAUAUGUUAUACAGCUGUCAUGAACAGUUUUAGGGCAUUAUGUGUACACAGUAUCUUGUAUCAUAUGCUUACAUUAGUGGUUUUAUUUGAGAUGCAAACUGGGACAACAAUAUCAAUAACUUAAAACUUCCCCAGGUCAGUCAUGAGUAAAGGGAAUCAUUUUUCCCCAAGCAUUUGAAUAAACUUACCAUCUAGGUUUUAUAGUGAUCCAGCAGUCCAAAGACAGACACAAGCAGACCGUGUAAAAAGCAAAACAAUUGUUGACAAACUGAAUGUCAUGUUAAAGCCAGCAAUAAGGCAAAUGCAGCUAUUCAUUUACAUUUAAAACCAAAAAAUAUUUCAAUAGAUUUUAAUAAGAAAUAUCAGCACAGUUAUAAAUGUGAAAAAGGUUGAUAUGAUUGUGUUCCUAUGUGUUUGUUGGAAUGUUUGCAAAGCGUGCAAGUUAAUGUGUUUGUGUGGGUUGCGUUUUGGCUUCCUGAGGCUCGACAUUUGAUUGGACAUCAGUGUGCCUGUCAUUUUUGUUAUUGGUGCUGGUGUAACAUUUGCAGUAUUUAACUCCAUAACAAUAGCUAUGCAGACAUUCUGGGAUUGACGGAUGACUUUAGAGAUAAUAGCGAUUCUAUUUGCAUUUGUAAACUGUAAAAGUGUCUUACAGGAUUAUCACAAAUGAAAUGCAUAUAGGUGUGAAAAAUAAACAAAUGCAAUGUUGUAAAUGUAUGAUCAAAUAGAAAAACAGCCUUUGUGAAUAUUAUUUUAGCAUGAACAAAAAUGUUAAAAGUUUAAGACAAUAUGAUGUAUUUUUCUAAAUAAAAUAAAAAAGUGUUCCAUUAAAUAUUUAAAAAUAAUAAUAGAGAUAGCCUCAUCCAAUUUAUUUCAUUCAUGACUGUGAGCGGUUUUGGAAACUGUCGACAUGGAUGUUAGAUGUCCAAAUUUUAGAUUUGUUUGUGUUUUUAUGUUAUGUCUACAAUGCACGUUAAAAAUUCCGACAGACAGGAAACAUGCAAAUAAAAAGAUUUAAGUAGCCAGGGAGGGGUGGGGAGACCUGAUACAGAAAGGCCAGGCCGGGUGCUGGAAAAUCAGUGGUGAUCGUUUGCACAUGCCUGGUGGUCUGGAGCUUGUUAGCAAGCUGCUCUUGUCUCAGACUCCUAAAUUCAAAUAAACAGGAGGGUGAUCUCUGGAGGCCCUUCUGUCUCCUGUUAGGGGGGUCCAGAAAGAGGUAGAGAAACAGACAUACAGACAGAGAAAUUCUUUCUGAUUGGAAAAUAAGUGUUAUAGAUGGCACUGAGCCACAGGGUUGUCUCUCAAACACAUUCCUACAGUUUUAAGGGCACUAAACCAUGCCUAGGCAGCCAAACAAUUUCUGAUCCCAAAACCUUUAUCUGAUUUUAACGCUUCAUGAGCAUUUGAUUGACUCACUGACAGAAUUGGCUGAGUGACAGGCUGAAUUGGGCAGAUUCGGAGGGCCAAACUAACUUCUAGAAAGUUGAAUAUGUCAUUGUGAAUACUUUAGAAUCUCAGCAAUCAUGUUGGGACUCUUCCAGUAUUGUAGUUCAUGGCUACUCACACUGAUAAGGGGAAAAACAGAACAAGUUAACAGAGAAAGAGUGGGAGAUAUAUAAUUGGAACAGAUUGUAUGAGGAGAGGAAAUAGGAGCAUUUUCACCUGUUCCCAAACAGCCUAGGUGACCCCGUUGCCAUGAGAGAUGGCUGGGUAUCAGAUAACACCAGCUUGAACAAUGAACGCAGUGAAAUAGAAAAUUGAAGAGACCUCGUUUUUGUGUGUGUUGUUAGAGUUUAGAAUUAACUAAUUGUUAUUUGCAGAACUCUGAUGCUGUAGAAUGUGAAUGGUUUUAUGUCUCCUUUGCACAUUAACCACAUGAAAAUGAAAAUGAGAUUGUGAUCGAAACGACACAUACAUGUCAAAGAUACCUCACACUGAGCAACAGAACAAACAGAGAACUUACAAAAUAAAAUGUGAACCUCUCAAACUGAGCUUUAUUGACCCUCUUAUUGUCUUAAGACAGAUAAAGAAUAUGUUAUAAACACUAAAUAUUUUUGCAGAGACCAUAAAUAGAAACAAAAUAAAAAAAUUACAUUUUUAUUAUUUUAUUUUUAUUUUUUAUAUAGAAUUGGUUAAGAGACAAAAUAAUUUAAAACAAAUUGCUCUUUCCAUUGUCUUAACAGGUCAAUUUUUACCCAUAUAGGAAGAACCAUUUGUGACAUUUCACCUUCUGAAUUUCUGGAUGUUAUACAGCUUUUUUUAUUAUCAUUAUUAUUGUACAUAGAUGACUCAAUUUUGACCAAUUCUUUUGUCUUUUUUUUUUUUUCAUAUUUUCUCAAAUUUAGUCCAUAGUCCCAUCCCGUUCUCUAGCUUUCCCUCCUGCUCCAUUGGGUACUGCAUCUUUCCCACAAAUUGUACUUUUCUCUCAAACAGGGUUUGUGCACACAUGCAUAUUUCCAAAUAUACACACACACCGAGGGGGUUUUAUAUAUAGUUUUGAACAGGAAAUAUGUUAGUAAAUAGGUUUCCUGACAUUAUUUUAGGGUACAAUGGAGCUAAAGGCCCCCCAAUGGUAAAAUAACAAAGACAUUUAUUUUUGUCCCAAAACAUUAGAUGGCAGAGAAAACUAUUAUAGAACCAUCCUAAAUCCCUGUAACACUACAACAAAUUGAUUGACAUUAGUGGGAAGGAAUGGAUUAGUUGCAAUGGACGUGUAAAGUGGGCCCAAUUUGACUUCUGGAGAAGGCAAUAGAGAUUCAUUUGUGAAAAGGCAAUGUACUAAAAUUGUAACUCUUAAAUGUACACUGUUGUUUUUCUACAAGCAGAAUAAAUAAAAAAAAUAUUGUUAUAUAUUUAAAAUAUAAAAAAUUCCAAAAGUGACUGAAAUAAAUGUAAAUGAGCCAAUUUUUUUUUUUACUUAAAAUGUUUUUAUUUUUUAUUGUGUUACUCUAUUAAUACACAGUACAUAGAAUUUUACCCCCUAUCAUUAUACACUUUGAGAUCACAGUAAAACAGAUUUUCAUUAGGGGAUAUUUAGUGCCAAUGUACACUAAUAAAAAAUGUAAGCAUUUUGAAUGGUUUUCAAUAUGGGUCAAAAAUGACCCGAAAUAAAAAAGGAGGGUACAGAUUCUUAAGACAAAAGGAGGGUAAAAAACUAUGACCUCUCACCUCUUGAGUUCUUAAAGCAGGGGGGUUUAACCCUGAAUGGCAAACAGAGGACUGGAUUUGUAACCUGAACCUAUCCUCACACCCCCACUAAUGAGAGGUGAAAGGACACACAGAGAUCUGUGCCUUUCCUCAGAUGUGAUUCAUACCUGUAUGUGAGAGAGAGAAUAAUGAAUAUGAACCAGACCUGCUGUGUUAUUGUAUAAGUGUGAGUGUGUAAAUGUACAUAAAUGUAGAGUGCUAGAUAUACAUGCUGACAAGCAUAUAUGAAGACCUGAGUGUCUCUAAAAGUGAGUUUAUUUAGAUUUUUUUUCCAUCUGUAUGAAGUCUAUUCCAUAAAUGUUUCUAUAUGGCAGUAAACAGCUGGUUUAGAGAUUAAAGAAUGAUGUAAAAAGUGAACUAAAUCUAUUAUAAACUAAUCCUGUG